CGUCUACGCUGUCGGUGUUUGAUUUCCUGUGUGAUGGUCUUCACACCGCUGGACUCAGCAGCCGAGACUCGUUCGUGUCUGGAAAGUUUCUACAGCGGUUUCCUACUGUUUCCGUUCGCCGAGCUGAUCCUGAAGUGCUGUACGCAUUUGCAGGCGUGAUUGACUGCACACGUUCACCACCUGCUGACGGUGGCACCAAUGUGGUGUCAGAUAUCCCUUUUCCUUAUUUAGUUACUCGUUUGCCCUUUGACGCCCUGAUGGACAUUGCUGUGAAGCAUGGCGUGAUCCCUUCCGAUAAGACGUGCUCCGUCGACGAUGUCGUUGACAGACUGUUGGCUCACGAGUGUUGGCUUUGUGCUCGACGAUACCCUGUCUUCAUCCCCGCUCCCACAAAACGCGAUGACGGAUCGUUCGCUCCUGCCGUGUACUCAAUCGCGCCGUCUCACAUCCUGCGGUCAACUACGUCCACCCGCUUCCCUCCUAAGCCCCUCUCCAAUGCCGAGAAGGUCGAUAUCUUCAGAUCAUGGUACAACGCCGUCGAUUUGCCAUCGAUCUAUGAAGUUCCAUGUGCCGUGUGUGCGACGUUAGUUUCUUGUCAGUCGGUGUCAACCGUGAAGUUCGAUUCCAUAGAUCUCACGCCGUUAACUCAAAAAAAAGCACUCCUAAAGAGGCAUUGGCUAACGGACUGUGGGUGGGUGACAUUCCCGACGUGUUGACCAGCCUUAGUUUUGUGGAACGGCUGUUGGUGUCUAAGCCAAUGCGGUGGGCUUCUCGCAGCCUGUGCAUAAAGUGUACAAUGUCCUUCCACCCCCU